GGCCGGCCCAAAGCCGCCCGGUUCGCGCCCUUGCCAACCCGCCGUGGACUGUGUUUCGGAGUGGACCACAUCAGAGUGGACCGCUUGCACCAAGGCAUGCGGCUCCGGGAGUCGACAGCGCAACGUGAAAUGUCAUCAGUUGAUGUCCAGCGGUUUGCAUCGCGAUGUGGACGAUAGUCAGUGUGUCAGAGCAGCCAGACCGUCCUCCCAGGAGGUGUGCAGCGCGGAGGACUGCCCUGGACGAUGGGAGAGCAACGCGUUCGGUUCUUGCAGCCGCAGCUGCGGCAACGGAACGCAGACCCGAGUGGUUCUCUGCAAACAGAUCAAGGCUGGCGGUCAGGACGAGACAGUGACGGAGAGUGAAUGUCGCCCUCUGCCCCAGCCUAAAGGCCGACGUCGGUGCAAUGCCCACAAUUGUCCAGCCGUGUGGGCCACGUUUGCCUGGGGAACUUGCAGUGCCACGUGUGCCGGUGGACGUCAGAUACGUACUGUUACCUGCGAGCGUAUUUUUGCAAAUUCUUCAAAACUUGUGGAAGAGCCGUCACAGUGCCCGGCGCAAUUGCGGCCACCUGCCACGCAGGCAUGCAACGAGCAGGACUGUGCCGCAGAGUGGGUAGUGCAGAGUGACUGGGAGGCAUGCAGUCACACUUGCGGCGGAGUCGGCAGGCAGUCGCGUCGCGUGGAGUGUCGACGGCGCACCACGGGCGGCUUUGGCCUGGUGGACGACUCGCUGUGCCUGGCUCAGCGCAUGCCCGCCCGGCGUCGUGAGUGCCAGCGCCUGGACUGCCCUGCGUACUGGCAAAGCGGUGAAUUUGGCAGCUGCAGUGUAACCUGUGCCGGUGGUACACAACGCCGGACGGUGCAGUGCCGGGCAAUGCUCUCCACUGGUAAUGACGAAGUGGUGGAUGAGACACGCUGUCCGGGCGAGAGGCCCGCCGAGAUCCGGGAAUGCCGCGUAUUCCACUGCCAACCCUACUGGCAGGAGCUUCCCUGGCAGGGCUGCAGCCGAGAGUGUGGGCGAGGCGAGGAGCAGCGAGAGGUCGUGUGUCUCCAACAUCUGCUUGGGGAGGACGGGGAGACACGUGUAGACAUGAGUGAGUGUGUUGAUAAAGCCGACGGUGCAAGACCGGUCACUCAGAGGUACUGUGCCGAGACCGACUGUGACCCUAUCUGGGAGACAUCGGAAUACGAAGAUUGCGCUAUUAGCUGUGGAGGCAGUACUCAUCGCCGUGACGUGAUCUGUAGACAACUGCAGUCAACCGGUCGCUGGGAGACAGUUCUUGACGGCAAUUGCCUGUUAUCCGAGCGGCCACUGGAGGAGAAGGGCUGCGCUCUGGUGGACUGCCCGGCUAAGUGGCGCGUGACGGAAUUCAGCGACUGCCCGGUCACUUGCGGAGGUGACCAGCGCACGCGGCAAGUCUUCUGCGAAGUGCUUCGAGCCAGCAGCGAAAUCGAGGAAGUGGCCCACACAGAAUGUCCACAGACAAGCGUCCCCUUGCCGACACUGAACUGCGGUGCAGUGCCUUGUCCAGCCGUGUGGGAGACAGACGGAUGGUCACGACCCCUACCACAACCUCCGACACUACUGCCAGAGACACCUGAAUUGCCGCCACCGGAUGGAAGUUCGUCAACGUGCUCUGUAACCUGCGGAGGUGGCAUCCAGGUACGCAACAUACGCUGUGAGCAGGUCCAAGCCACCGGGGAGCUGGCGAUUGUUGAUGAUUCCGUGUGCGAGUCAGCAUUGCGACCCCUCAGCCAACAGCCUUGUAAUGCAAUAGACUGUCCAACACACUGGGAUGCUGGUCAGUACCGUGCUUGCUCGCGUUCGUGUGGCAACGGAACUCAGAGCAGAGAAGUGUUCUGCGAACGGGUGAACGCUGAGGGUCGUCUUGUCAAGGUGGCCAGCACCCUGUGCAAUCCGCAAAGCCAGCCUGCUGUUAACCGGCGAUGCCAAGUGGAGGACUGUCCCGAAACCUGGAUAACGUCAACCUGGUCUGAUUGCUCACAGACCUGCGGGAGAGGCAGCCGCGAUCGCGGUGUUUUCUGCGAGCAGAAUCAGGCGUCGGGUGACACUGUCCUCGUAGACACCGAGAACUGCCCCGCACCGUCCAGGCCUAGUGAACGGGAGAACUGUAACAGCAUUGACUGUGCAGCACGCUGGCGGAUUGGCCAGUACGACGAGUGCUCGUUGCCCUGCGGUAACGGGUCACAGUCGCGAAGCAUCGUCUGCGAACAGCUGCAAGGUGACGGGGAGAUCAGACUUGUCGGCGACUCCCUGUGUCCUCAACCAAGGCCUGCGCUAACACAACGCUGCUCGGAGAUCAAGUGCUCUGCCGUGUAUCGCGUAGGGGAGUACGGAGAGUGCAGUUUGACAUGCAGUGGCGGUACUAAAUCACGCACCGUGCACUGCGAGCAGAUCCAAGAGUCUGGCAAGCUGAUCGACGUGCCGCGUGGUUUAUGCCUUACCUUUGCUGGACCGGCUCCGGCCAGGAUCGACUCCUGUAACGUCAUCGACUGCCCUGCGUACUGGCAAAGCAGUGAUUUUGGCAGCUGCAGUGUAACAUGUGCCGGUGGUACACAACGCCGGACGGUGCAGUGCCGGGCAAUGCUCUCCACUGGUAAUGACGAAGUGGUGGAUGAGACACGCUGUCCGGGCGCGAGGCCCGCCGAGAUCCGGGAAUGCAGCGCGUUCCACUGCCAACCCUACUGGCAGGAGCUUCCCUGGCAGGGCUGCAGCCGAGAGUGUGGACGAGGCGAGGACCAUCGAGAGGUCGUGUGUCUCCAGCAUCUGCUUGGGGAGGACGGGGAGACACGUGUAGACAUGAGUGAGUGUGUUGAUAAAGCCGACGGUGCAAGACCGGUCACUCAGAGAUACUGUGCCGAGACCGACUGUGACCCUAUUUGGGAGACAUCGGAAUAUGAGGAUUGUGCUAUCAGCUGUGGAGGCAGUACUCAUCGCCGUGACGUGAUCUGUAGACAACUGCAGUCAACCGGUCGCUGGGAGACAGUUCUCGACGGCAAAUGCCUGUUAACCGAGCGGCCGCUAGAGGAGAAGGGCUGCGCUCUGGUGGACUGCCCGGCUAAGUGGCGCGUGACGGAAUUCAGCGACUGCCCGGUCACUUGCGGAGGUGACCAGCGCACGCGGCAAGUCUUCUGCGAAGUGCUUCGAGCCAGCAGCGAAAUCGAGGAAGUGGCCCACGCAGAAUGUCCACAGACAAGCGUCCCCAUGCCGACACUGAACUGCGGUGAAGUGCCUUGUCCAGCCGUGUGGGAGACAGACGGAUGGUCACGACCCCUACCACAACCUCCGACACUACUGCCAGAGACAACUGAAUUGCCGCCACCGGAUGGAAGUUCGUCAACGUGCUCUGUUACCUGCGGAGGUGGCAUCCAGGUACGCAACAUACGCUGUGAGCAGGUCCAAGCCACCGGGGAGCUGAUGAUUGUUGAUGAUUCCGUGUGCGAGUCAGCAUUGCGACCCAUCAACCAACAGCCUUGCAAUGCAAUAGACUGUCCAACACACUGGGAUGCUGGUCAAUACCAGGCUUGCUCGCGUUCGUGUGGCAACGGAACUCAGAGCAGAGAAGUGUUCUGCGAGCGAGUGAACGCCGAGGGUCGUCUUGUCAAGGUGGCCAGCACCCUGUGCAAUCCUCAAAGCCAGCCUGCUGUUAACCGGCGAUGCCAAGUGGAGGACUGUCCCGAAACCUGGAUAACGUCAACCUGGUCUGAUUGCUCACAGACCUGCGGGAGAGGCAGCCGCGAUCGCGGUGUUUUCUGCGAGCAGAAUCAGGCGUCAGGUGACACUGUCCUCGUAGACGCCGAGAACUGCCCCGCACCGUCCAGGCCUAGCGAACGGGAGAACUGUAACAGCAUUGACUGUGCAGCACGCUGGCGGAUUGGCCAGUACGACGAGUGCUCGUUGCCCUGCGGUAACGGGUCACAGUCGCGAAGCAUCGUCUGCGAACAGCUGCAAGGUGACGGGGAGAUCAGACUCGUCGACGACUCCCUGUGUCCUCAACCUAGGCCAGCGCUAACACGGCGCUGCUCGGAGAUCAAGUGCCCUGCUGUGUAUCACGUAGGGCAGUACGGAGAGUGCAGUUUGACAUGCAGUGGCGGUACUAAAUCACGCACUGUGGACUGCGAGCAGAUCCAAGAGUCUGGCAAGCUGAUCGACGUGCCGCAUGGUUUAUGCCUUACCUUUGCUGGACCGGCUCAGGCCAGGAUCGACUCUUGUAACGUCAUUGACUGCCCUGCCAUCUGGGACAAGGGCCCGUGGAACGCCUGCUCUCAGACCUGUGGGCGCGGCACGAGAACCCGGGAGGUGACAUGCAAGCGAACGCUCUCCGACAAGCGGCUUAUCACCGAGCCCAAUUCCGACUGUCCACAGGAGAGUGAGCCGGACAAUAUCGAGUACUGCAGCGCCGUAAAUUGUCCCCCAGAGUUCAUUGUGGGCAACUUCGACGCAUGUAGUAAGACGUGCGGCAACGGUACUCAGCAGCGCACGCUGCAAUGCCAGCGCCUCCUAGCCGAUGGUAACCUUCAGCCACUGGCACUGCAACAAUGUCCUGAGUCAAGCGUUACACCGGCAAGUCGCUUCUGCAGCGAGGUAAAGUGUCCCGGCAAGUAUCGUGUAGGCAACUACGGUGCGUGCACUCAAACCUGCUCCACCGGGAGGCAAUUCCGUUCGGUGGACUGUGAACAGGUACAGGGGUCUGGCGAGCUGAUGGACGUCGCGAUCAGUGAAUGCGUGGCUGACUUAGGGGCCGCUCCCGCUGAGGUGCAGGACUGCAAUGCCCUCGACUGUACGCCAAUCUGGAUCGACGAACAGUGGGGAGAAUGCACGUUGACGUGUGGCCGUGGAGUGCAAAGACGACGGGUUCUUUGCGAGCAGACGCUCACGAACGGCACUAUGGUUUAUGUUGAUCCUCAGCAGUGUCCUGCGAGUACGGAGCCGAUUAACAUACAAGCGUGCAAUGCCUUUGAUUGUCCGGGUCAUUGGGACGUAGAGGACUACAAUACGUGCAGCAAGACAUGCGGUAACGGCACGCAAUCUCGGCGUGUGUUCUGCGAGCAACUCCAACAGGAUAAUGUACUGCGUGAGGUUGAUGAUUCCGUGUGCGACCCCACAGUACGGCCAGCUGCUGCUCAGAGAUGCAAUGUCAAUGACUGCCCACCAAUAUGGAUAAUCGAGGAGUUUGACGAAUGCACACUGUUCUGCGGCAAUGGCACACAGGAGCGUCCCGUCUAUUGCCAGCAGACGAAAGCUAGCGGGGAGAAUGUGAUGGUUCCUGACCAAGAUUGUUCCGUCGCGGGUGCCAAGGUGCCCACCGUGCAGCGCUGCAACGAAGUUGACUGCUUUGGCGCCUGGAUCGAAGAAGAGUACGAAGCCUGCAACGUGACAUGCGGAGGUGGCGCUCAGGACCGUGAGGUAUUCUGUCUGCAGCUGCAAGCGUCGGGACUCGAAGUCCGCGUACAGGAUUUCGUGUGUCUUCCGGCCAAGCCCGAUAUGCGGCGAGAGUGCGGACGCAUCGAUUGCUCACCCGAGUGGCGCGAGCUGCCUUAUCGACCAUGCAGUGCAACGUGUGGUGGUGGCACUCAGACUCGACGCGUCUAUUGCGAGCAGUUGACCGCUGAAGGCAGUCUGCAGACGGUUGGUGACGAGCAAUGUCCGCAACCCAGGCCGGCUCUGGAGCGAGGAUGCGGUGCGAGCAACUGCGACUCGUACUGGUCGAAAAAGCUCUACCGAGAGUGCAGUGUAACGUGCGGUGGUGGUAUACAGGUGCGACGCGUACUCUGCCAGCAGCUUCUAGGCAGCGGUGACACUGUCGUCAUCCCGGAAGGAGAAUGUGACCCGGCGUUGAAGCCGCCGACUGAGAGAGCGUGCCAGGUGAUCGACUGCCCAUCGUACUGGAAUGAGUCCGCGUACCAGGACUGUUCCGUCACCUGUGGCGGCGGAGAGCAAUUCCGCACAGUCGUGUGCCAGCAGCUGAAGUCGACGAGCCAAGUAGAGAUUGUGGAAGACCCUGAUUGUGUCGAUGCCGGCCCUCAUCCUGCUACACGACAGACGUGUAACCAGAUCAACUGUCCGGCUUACUGGGAGGAACCUGAGUUCACGCUGUGCAAUGCGUCAUGCGGUGUUGGACAUCGACAAAGAACCGUCCUGUGCCGGCAACUCCAAGCCGACAGCCAGCUGCGAUUCGUCGAGGACGAUGUCUGCGACUUGGGCACCGGUGUUCGGCCAGUGGCGGAGGAGCAGUGCAACGUCAUCGACUGUACCCCAUACUGGGUAACGGGUGAGUACGAACAGUGCACGGACGAGUGCGGUGGUGGGACGCAGGAUCGCUGGGUCGGAUGCGAGCAACGGCUUGCGGGCGGACAGCUCGUCAACGCAACGCUGAGCGUCUGCCGCAACAACCUGUCAGCGCUCAUGCCAGACGUUCGACGCGACUGCAACGUCAUCAAUUGUCCGCCGUACUGGAAUGUCGCCGAGUACAGUGAAUGCAGUGAAGAGUGUGGUGGCGGCACGAAACAGCGCAACGUACAAUGUCAGCAGGUCAAAGCUACAGGAAACCUGGAGGACGUAAUGGACGGGGACUGUCCUGGUCCGGUUCCGGCCCGACAGAUGGAGUGCAACGUUGUGGACUGUCUGCCGGAGUGGGAGACGCUGCUGUAUGCCACGUGUCCCGUAACGUGCGGAGGUGGAAUCCAGACGCGUGUCGUCCAGUGCAAGCGUCUCAUCGCCAACGGCUCGACAGUCAUCGUGCCCAACAGCGUCUGUGAUAGUCUUCUGCUGAAUGUUCCGCGUCCGGUGGAUAGACGCCAGUGUAAUACUGUUAACUGCCCCGCUCUGUGGCGUUUCGAAGACUGGCAACCCUGCAGCAGAACCUGCGGUGGUGGACUUCGUGAACGUCUGGUUGCGUGCGAACAGCGGAAGGGCAAUGGUGCUCUCGAAGACGUUGUUCCCGAGCUGUGUAUCCUCUCACGGAUGCCUAUCGCCGUGGAGGAAUGCCAGGUGGUCAAGUGUCCGGCCUACUGGCAGCCACAACCCUUCAACGAAUGCUCUCGCACGUGCGGUGGAGGCCGGCAGACCCGCAGCGUUGUCUGUGACCAGGUGCAGGAGCGAGGCGAUCUCGUCACCGUUGACGACGAUGAGUGCGACGAGGCCAGCCGUCCGGCCGACGUCCGCGACUGCAACCGCGUGGACUGCUUGGCGGAGUGGCGAGCUCUGCCGUACGGGGACUGCUCACUUUUGUGUGGUAACGGCACCCAGGAGAGAGUCAUACUCUGCGAGCAGCUGAUCAGCAACGGCAGUACCAUGAUUGUGUCGGAGCAGGACUGUCCGGUACCUAAACCAGCUACGGUGCGGCACUGCAACCAGAUUGACUGCGACGGUCGCUGGCUUAUGUCACCGUAUGACGAAUGCAGCAGGUCAUGUGGUGGCGGGUCGCAGUCACGCCGCGUGGUGUGCCAGCAGCUACAGGCAAGCGGUCGCCUGGACGAAGUAACCGAUGACGUAUGCGCCAGUGAGCCCAAGCCAAGUUUGACGCGGACGUGCAAUGUUAUCAACUGCCCAGGAUACUGGAACGCCACCGCCUAUGGAGCGUGCACGGAGUCCUGCGGUACAGGAACUCAGCGGCGGCAGGUGUUCUGCCAUCAGGUGCAAUCGACUGGCGAUCUCGUAGUGGUAGAUGACGGUAUCUGCCCUGUUCAAUCCCAACUGCCGGAUGUUCGUGAGUGCAAUGUACAUGACUGUCCGCCCAUUUGGGUCCGAGAGCGCUACCUGGCUUGCUCGCAGACGUGCGGAAACGGCUCACAGAGUCGCACAGUGUUCUGUCAGCAACGCUUGGCCACGGGAAACGUGGAUGUUGUCGUCGCUGACGCAGACUGCCCACAACCGAAGCCGGCGGAACAGCAGCGGUGCAGUGAGAUCGACUGUAUACCUUACUGGCAAGCAGAGGAGUUCUCAGAGUGUACGUUAACCUGCGGUGCGGGCACAAAGAGCAGGGAAGUUCGCUGCCUUCAACUGCAGUCCACUGGCCUCACUGUCGACGUACAGUUCGAGAACUGCCUGGAGGAUAUGCCGGCCCCCGUUGAGCCUUGCAACGUGAUAGCUUGUCCCCCGGUGUGGAUAGCUGAUGUCUACUACCAGUGUACUGUCUCGUGCGGCGGUGGAACGCAGCAACGGGAUGUGUACUGCGAGCAGGUGCAGCCGGAGGGUGCCUUGGCAAGAGUGCACGAUGAUGUGUGCAGUGGUGCCGGUCUAGCGGAGCCGGCUUCGUUGCGUGCUUGCAACGUCGUAGACUGCCCCACGUUCUGGCAACCGUACGGAUUCGAGCCGUGCUCUCGGGACUGCGGAAACGGCUCCCAGUCUCGCCUCGUGCAGUGUCAGCAAGUCGUCGCCAACGGCAGCACGGUGGUGGUGGACGACUUGCAGUGCGAUGCGCCAAGCAUGCCGCCACGACAACAGCGCUGCAGUGAAGUGUCCUGCAGUGCGUACUGGCAUCCCAAUGAGUACGGUGAGUGUACGGUUACAUGCGGUGGUGGUGUGCAGGACCGCAUCGUCCAGUGCCUGCAGCUGCAGGCCACGGGUCAACGCGUCGCCGUCGACGACCUUCUGUGCGAGUUCGACCUGCGUCCGGUGGAGAUACAGGCGUGUCGGCAAACUGACUGCCCACCGGAGUGGCACACGACUGCGUACGGCGAGUGUAGUGUAACCUGCGGUGGCGGCAGGAAACGACGUGCAGUUACGUGCCAGCAGCUGCGGGGUGAUGGCGUAACCCUGCCGGUGUCUGACAGUCAGUGUGCUGCAGCCGGGCUGCGGCCCGACACCGAAAACGACUGCGGCAACGUGGACUGCUCGCCCGAGUGGAGACCUCUGGAGUUCACGCCGUGCAGUCGAACGUGCGGAGGCGGUACUCGGACUCGUGCGGUGCUGUGCGAGCAGCUCCUCGGCUCCGGGGUCACCGUGCCACGUGAUGACUCAGCGUGCAUAGCCAACGACAAACCAGCUGUCAUAGAGAGAUGCAUGGAGAACGACUGCGACCACAUCUGGGUGUACCAAACCUGGUCCGAGUGCAGUCAGACCUGCGGCCGAGGUACGCGCCGACGCACCGUCUUCUGCGAGCAGUUGCUAGGCAACCGCACACUGCUGCGCAUACCGGACAACGAGUGCUCGGCGGAGAGUAUGCCGCCGCAUGAGGAGUUCUGCUCCGUCGUGGACUGCACGCCAUUCUGGGUGUCCGACGCCGAGUGGAGACCGUGCAGUCGCUCGUGCGGCACGGGUGGACAGAGUCGUGACGUGUGGUGUGAGCAGCUGCAGGCUUCCGGUGACCAGGUCGUCGUUGCUGACACACUCUGCACAGCUGACUCUCGCCCUGCCGAUCAGCAACAGUGCAAUGUGCUGGCUUGUCCGCCCAUAUGGCGCACCGCACCGUGGGGAGACUGCUCUCUGGCUUGCGGUGGCGUCGGCACGCAAGACCGUUUCGUGUACUGCGAGGCCACGCUGGCCAGCGGCGAGAUUGUCAACACAACGGACUCCGAGUGCCCGCGGGCCAGCCGUCCGCCUACACGACAGGCGUGCCAAGCACCGAACUGUGCUCCCGAGUGGGAACUGUACGAGUACAGUGCGUGUACUCGUAGCUGUGCCACUGGGCAGCAACAGAGAGCGGUGGAGUGUGAGCAGGUCAUCUCCACCGGAGUUAAGAUCCUGGUUGAUGACGACCAGUGUCCGGGGCUGAAGCCGCAAACGGUGCGCGAGUGUAACGCAAUCGACUGCUUACCCGGCACGUGGCAAGCCAUGCCCUGGAACGGUUGCUCCAAGUCAUGUGCCACCGGAUCGCAGUCUCGUAUCAUCACCUGCGAACAGCGCAAGGCCAACGGACAGCUGGAGGUGGUGGACGACUCGAUCUGUGUGGCAGCUCUACGUCCAGUCGAGACGCGGACAUGUAACUCAAUAGAUUGCCCUGCCCGGUGGUAUGCCGACGAAUGGACAACGUGUAGUCAGACGUGCGGUAACGGCAUACAACGCAGGCGUGUAUACUGCUCACGUAUCCUGGCCAACGGAUCUCGCGUCCAAGCGGCCAGUGUCUUAGAUUGUGCAAAUGCAUUCCCGCCAAUCAGCUCGCGUCCAUGCUUCCCCGUGAUUUGCCCGGCAACGUGGCGCCCGCAGCAGUAUUCCGAUUGCAGUGCGUCUUGCGGUGGAGACGGUUUCCAGACUCGCGACAUACUAUGCCAGCAGGACCUGGAAGGAGGCGCGAUACAAACGGUAGCGGACACCGAGUGCAGCGGACAGCGGCCACUGGAGCGACAAGACUGCUCGCGAGUGGACUGCCCGGCCAGGUACUACUCGUCUUCGUUCACCGAAUGCAGCACACCGUGCGCUGGCGGUCUGCAAAGCCGCACCGUUGAGUGCCGAGUGUUGCGCGGUACGGGCACUGACGGUGUCGUUGCCAAUACAGAGUGCCAGCGACUGCGCUUGAGACAGCCGGCUCCACGGCAGAGAUGCAACACGCAGAGUUGCCCGGCUCGCUGGGUGCCGAGUGCCUGGCGACAAUGCAGUGCUACAUGCGGUACAGGGCAGCAACAGCGGCGUCUCAGCUGCUUCCAGCGUACAGUGGACGGGGAUAAUCAGGUCAGCCGACGCCUGUGCCAGGGCCUGGCCAGUCUUCCCGUGGUACAGGACUGCGCCACUCAACGCUGUCCGCCCCGCUGGGUAUCGGGUCAAUACGGAACGUGUACGCACACGUGUGGUGCCGCCGGUACACAAACACGUAGAGUUGAGUGCCAGUUUAGUAACGGGGAAAUCGCAGACGAAGCGCAGUGCACUCUCAUCAAACCAGCCGCGGCGCGGCAGUGUAACAUUCGCAACUGUGCUCCACGCUGGUCAUUCGCUGCCUGGCAGGAGUGUUCUGAAAGCUGCGGUAUUGGCGUUCAACGUCGCACAGUGAGGUGUCAGGUGCUGCAGUACACAGGGAGGACCAUUCCGAUCGGAUCCGCCGAAUGUGCCGGCCAACAGCGACCAAUUGACAGCAGAACGUGCGCUGCUGUUGCAUGCCCGGCUAUGCGUACCUACGGUCAGUAUGGACAGUGCAAUGCCACAUGCGGCGGCGGGGUCGAGAUCAGCACGGGUGUGUGCCAGCAGAUCAGUGCUGCAGGGGUGCUGGUCGCCGCGCCAGGACAGUGCGAGUCGGAACCGGCCAUUCUGACGCGACCCUGCAACAACGACCUAUGCCCCGGAGUCUGGGUGCCGGGCGCAUGGAGCGAGUGCAGCUCCGAAUGCGGGGAGGGCACGCGCACACGCGAGAUCCUCUGCCUGGACGUGCGAGAUCGGCGCACGCGCCUCCCGGAUAACAACUGCGCCGGCGGCGAGUUUCAGAAGGAGAUCCUCUGCAACAAUCCGCCGUGUCGCGACGGGACGCUGGCGUGGGACGUGGGUGAAUGGGCGCAGUGCACGCGCUCCUGCGGAUCAGGAGUACAGGAGCGUUCCGUGGUGUGCACGUCGACGGCCAAGGACACCGGCGUGAAGUACAUCGUCGUGAACACGCUGUGUGCGCACCUGCCAAAGCCAGACGGAAAGAAGUCGUGCCGCGAGGUCGACUGUCCCGGCGAGUGGGUCCUGGCCACGACUUACGGAGAGUGCAGCACCACGUGUGGUACCAACGGCGUGCAGACACGGCCCUAUAUCUGCAAGGUUCUCAGAUCCACUGGAUUUGUGGAGGACGCCACUGCCCACUUCUGCAAUAACAGCGGACCGCAGCCACCGACUCGUUCCAGACCAUGUGUCCGUGUGGACUGCACAGCAGCCGGAUACUUCACCUGGCAUGCCAUUGAGUGGAGCAGGUGCUCUGUGGAAUGCGACCAGAGACGCCAAAUCUGGUGCCACAACCCGGUCACACGAGAGUACAGCGGGGACGCCAGCUGUGUAAACGUCACUGUCGCAAAGCCGUCUGAUCAUCGCAGGUGCCAAGAAGACGGACGUGGAACCUACAAGUGGAUCCCUACCAACUGGACUCAGUGCUCUCGAAGCUGCGGUGGUGGCUGGAAGACCCGCGAUGUGAAGUGUCGCAAUGUGGUUGCCAACAACGAGGCGAGAUCCUGUCCCAUCUGUAUCAAGCCAGCCGAACGUAUGGAGUGUAACACACAGCCAUGUACAGAAGGUAUAAAUCAGGAGUGUGUGGAUACGAGCUUCGCGCAGUGUAAUCGUCAGGACGAGCUAGGCGGAUGCUUGAAUCCCUCUAUUAGAAGAGCCUGCUGCCGAACAUGCUCGUAGUGCCACUGCCAACAUACGACUUCAGCUCGCUUGAGAUCUCGAGCAAACAAUUUCACCAACGUGACUGUUUCGUGCCCUGUACAUGUCGAGGGAAAGACUACCAUCAGUCUAGCCUGGACCGUGCAGUGCAUCUGAUCCUGUAUAUGUGUUUCGGCUAGCAUAUUGGCUCAGUGUGCACGCCCUGUGCUUUUGAGCAUCCUCUGAUACUGCUCAAGACAUGCCAAAAUCAACUAUCACCGAUAGUGCUUGAAACCUAUUAAUUUUUUCCUAAAGGCCAUUUUGCUUUUCCAUCACGCUCCAUAACAUGUUAUCAAUGCACUGCACCUACAUGUGGGAUCAGACCAACACUUGCAUGGCUAGACUCGAAUACAUUGCAAUGCUGCAGAUUUCCUGCAUGUUAGAUUUGGUUGAGAAAUUAUAGUUUGCCCACUGCGCAUACAUGUAAAAAAUUUCCACAGUUUGCAUCCUCUUCUGCCUCAUGUAUGAUCUAUAUAGCAUGAUAAGUAGGAAUUUCCAUUGAAAUUGUUUCCCCGGACGAUUGCAUUUAGCAGAAAACUCGGACCUGUGGCAAACUCUUGAAAAGACCUCA